AUGUUGGCCAAACUGUCUCUUCUCCCUCUGCUGUCUGCCGCAGUCACGGCGUCUCCCCUUCUCGAUGCCAGGGCCCCGGUGGCUACACUCGACGAGAGAGCCGUGACGGUAACGAGCACUGACCUGACCAACUUUGAGUACUACGUUCAGAUGGUGGCAGCAACCUCUUGCAACAGCGAGGCCGCUGCUGGUGCAUUAAUCACCUGCGGCGCCAACGCUUGCCCCGAUGUCGAGGCCAACCGGGGACAGAUUGUGGGAACCUUUUCCGGACUCGUUUCUGGCCUUGAAGGCUUCGUCGCCACGGAUCCCGUGAGAAAGAACAUUGUUAUUGCCAUACGCGGCUCCAGCAACGUCCGCAACUGGAUCACCAACCUCCUCUUCGGCUUUGACGACUGCGACUUUGUCGACGACUGCAAGGUCCACACCGGCUUCGCCAAUGGCUUGGACGAGAUCAGGGACUCUCUGCUGGCGUCCGUCAAGUCCGCAAAGGCCGCCAACCCCAGCUACACCAUCAUCGCAACCGGCCACUCCCUCGGCGGUGCCGUCGUCACCAUCGCCGCCGCCGAACUCCGUCGGGACGGCUACCCUGUUGAUAUCUACACCUACGGCAGCCCCCGCGUCGGUAACCAUGCCUUCGUCAACUUCGUCACCAACCAGCCCGGCGCCGAGUACCGCGUUACCCACGUCGAUGACCCCGUCCCCCGCCUGCCCCCGAUCCUCUUCGACUACCAACACACUAGCCCCGAGUACUGGCUCUCGACUGGAGGCGCUACCACUAUCAACUAUGGCAUCAACGACAUCAAGGUCUGCGAGGGCCCCACCAACACAAAGUGCAACGGCGGCACCUUUGGUCUCGACGUCGACGCCCACCUGUACUACUUCCGCAAGACCGGCGCCUGCAACACCGACGGCUUCGGGCUCCGCGAGAGAGAGGAGGACAUCUCGGACGAUGACCUCUCUGCGCGCCUGACGGCUUGGGCGCAGCAGGAUCUCGAGUACGCUGAGACGCUGCAGUCUUAG